AUGGGUUGGCUUGACCGCAGUGAUACCACGGCCUCAGAGAAGACCGGCGUGAAACAACCACAGCGUUGUGUUUCGCCGUGUUGUAAUUUCUAUCCAGUUGGUGAAUACUUAAGAUUCGUGAGGAUACCAGAGAACCUACAAGUUGGUGAUGAAGUUCUCAGAGUAGAAGUACAUCCAAGGAAAAACCUAAGCUUACAGCCAGUGGACCGAGAAGAGGAUGCUCAUCUGUUCACGUACCGGGAUGUGAACCGAACACAUGUGUCUGUUGUGCUAGCUCAGAGUGUAGACGCAUUGGUCGACAGUGACUCUCCGCAAAACGUCGUCAAGUUUCGGUUGGGGUGCGACUUCGAUGCUGGGGAUGAUUUGAUAUCAGCCUAUUUAUCAGUGACGGUGUACAUUGAGGAUGUCAACGACAACGUGCCGAAGUUCCUCGACACGCCGUACCAUGUCGCCGUGGAUGAACUGACACCAACAGGCCUGACAAUAUUCAAAGGGAUCCAUGCCUUCGAUCGUGACAAGCCAAACACUCCCAACUCCGAUGUCCAAUACAGCAUUAUCUCAGGAGAUCCAGAAGGUCACUUCGCUUUGGAGUCUUCUCACAAACCAGUCCUUAUACUCAAGAAGCCUUUGGAUUACGAUGCUGGAGAUAAAGACUUUUCAUUGGUUGUUACUGCUUCGGAUCGUGGGUCUCCACCACGCAGCUCCAACGCAACUGUUCACGUUAUCGUGCAAGACAAUGAUGAUCUACCUCCCAAGUUCACCGCUGAUGUCUAUCGGACACAAAUACCAGAGUUCUACCCAUUACUAGGCAAGCGAAUACAUAAAGAGCUACUUUUUCCGGAACCAAUCAAGGCAUUCGACCAAGAUCUUGGUGUGAAUGCAGCUUUGAAGUAUGAGCUGGUAGCUGGGAAUGACAGGAAGCUAUUUUCUUUAGAUUCUCGAAAUGGCACUUUGUUCCUUGAUAAAGAAAUUGAUUUGGAUGCAGAAUCUAAUUUGCCAGGCAAUACAUUUGUGCUCCAAGUGCAGGCAUCUCAAUUGGAUAAUCCCUUAAAAACAGCUCAGGCCAGAGUCGAGAUCGAAUUGUUGGAUUUAAAUGAUAAUCUUCCAGAGUUUGAAGUAGACUUCUACAACAUAAGUAUUGUGGAGAAUUUACCAAACGGUUUCAGUGUUCUGCAAGUGAUGGCGACCGAUAAAGACCAGGGAGACAAUGGAGAGUUCACGUAUCAGUUGAAAGACCCCGAAGGUGCUUUCACCAUUGACCCUAGAACUGGUUGGCUUACUGUCAGAAAUCAGACAAUCCUGGACAGAGAACAGCAUUCUUCACUAAAAAUGAAAGUUUAUGCCAAAGAAAAGAAUCCAAGUGUAGUUGGUACUUUCUUAGAUAAAAACAGGAUAUCCAAAUGGCGCAGAACUCCUACUACGACUAGGACACCACUCAAAGAUAGAACAACAUACAUUUUCCCUGAUAAGCUAGGAACUAAAAGUGAAAAUAUGGAAUACGUUGACGAACAGCUGAUGUCCUAUGUAAACGUUGAAGUCACACUUUUGGACGCUAAUGACAACAACCCAGUAUUCAUACCCAGUAAUUUGUACGAAUUUACAAUUAAGUCAAAUGCAAAAAUCGGUACUUCUAUUGGUAAAGUAAAAGCUGUCGAUCCUGAUUUAGGCAGAAAUGGUAUGGUACUAUACGACUUGCAAAGGACAAGUAAUUUGACUAUCACAUCACCGUUCCAAAUUGAUGCUAAGAGUGGAGUUGUAAGUGUUGCGGAGUCACCUAUAGUUGAAGGAAGACAUGCUUUGUUCAUUGAGGCUUCCGACCAACCGGCGAACCCUAGUGAGAGAAGAUAUUCCUUAUCUGUUGUUACUAUUGAUGUCACCAGUCCUAGUAAAGGUUCGAAAGCGGACAAGCCCGGUUUCAUCGGUGCUCCAUACGAAUUUUGGGUUGGAGCAAAUGUAGGAAUUGGGACAAGUGUUGGUCAGAUUAGAAUAAACGACGCGAUGGAAAAGAAUGAUGUCUCUUAUGAUCUUCUACAUAGUUACGAAGAAGGAGGACAAGAUGGUACCAUUUUUGCUCAGAAACCUUUAGACAGAGAAAAACGUGACACUUACCGAAUGACAGUGAUCGCUGAAUUCACUAAAGAAAAUAUAGAACUCCUAGAAUCAGACGAAAAAGCACCAGUUAAAAUAUACCGAGAGAGAAAAAAUAACUCUACUGCGGGCAUAUCAAACUCAGAGGUAAAACCAAAGAAUAAAUUCGCUUUGAGCACAGAAGCGACAGGACCACUAUUCGUGGUACCAGAAAACAUUGCUAUUGGUUCAACAAUAUUGAAAGUUAAUGCCAUAGAUAUGGAUAUUGGUAUAAACGGACAAGUAAGAUAUGAGUUUGUUUCUGAAGUUUUCAUUCCACCUCACAGCAUGUCUUCGAAAGGCAUGCAGGUAAAACGCUAUUUUGUCAUCAAUGAAAGACAUGGUCACGUAAUUGUUGCACGAACAUUACCUCCUGAAGCAGAAUUUAGACUUAACAUUUCUGCAGUAGAUGGCGGUGAUUUGAGCGAUCACAUAUCAAUUAGAUUCUUUAUCAAAGAUAUAAAUGAUCAUUUCCCAAUGUUCAAAAAAUCUUGGUACAGCUUUAAUGUAGAGGAAGCUCAGUACUCUAGACGAGUUUUAGGGAAAGUAGACGCUACUGACGCUGACUUUGGCCAAAAUGCUAACUUGACAUAUUCCAUUCAACCUAAAUCACCAGACUUGCCUUUUGAAAUAUCACCAUUGACAGGAGUAUUUAGUGUUAAUGGUGAAUUGGACAGGGAAAAAGAAGACAAGUAUGUGAUAACUGUUGUAGCACAGGAUAACGGUUAUGAUAAAAAACUUUCAUCCACUGUCAGUGUUGAAGUUCAAGUUUUGGAUGUGAAUGAUAAUGCUCCUAAAUUUUAUGCUUACGACGAGUUACUUGAGUGGAAACAUCCUGAAGCUGAUGAAUUAUCAAAUCAUAACUUUGAAUCUGUAAUGAUGAUACCGGUUUACAAAGCGACUCUAAAAGAAAAUGCUCCUGUUGGGACCGUCGUAACCAAAGUUUUUGCUAAUGACUCUGAUUUUAUUGGUAACGGUAAUGGUCUCAUUCUAUACAGUCUACCUCAACGCAAAAAUCAACUUAAUCUUUUCGCUAUUGAUUCCAAAGAAGGCACAAUCACGACAAUGGGACGGCUUGAUUAUGAAAGUCAGACAGUUCAUAACGUCACGAUUGUAGCUUCUGACUUAGGAUCUCCAAGUUUAAGUUCUACAGCCAUUUUAAUGUUGACUGUUACUGAUGUUCCUGAUGACGUGGAAGUGUCAGAUAAACCAGUAUUUAUUUCAAGGUAUUACGAAUUAGAGAUUGAAGAGAAUGUGCAAACGCCUGUCGAGAUGGUUACCCUGAACUUAACGGAGCACUAUGAAAACUUCAAGAUGAAAUACUUCAUUUUGAAUGAGAACGAUGAAGACAUAAAGAAGUCUUUUGUAAUUGAUCCUAGAAACGGUACCUUAUACUUAGUAAGAAGUCCAGACAGAGAGGUAAGAGAUGUGUACGAGAUUGUAGUGAGAGCUGAGAGGCAGAAGAUAAGUAGAGAAUUACCACAUAUGAUAUAUCCUGUAGCUGAUGAUGUUAUGGAAGGACUUACUAAAUACGAUGUCAAGGUUAUUGUGAGGAUAAGGGAUGUGAACGAUAAUGCUCCAAAGUUCACGAAUGGUGGACGGCCAUUGGUCACAGCUAUUCCAACGACAGCUCCAUUUGGAUACCAAGUUAUACAGUUAAAGGCGACGGAUGCGGAUGUGGGGAUCAACGCGGACAUCCGCUACCAAAUCAUAAACGAGCAAGCGCCACGAUUUGCCAUCGACCCGGUAUCGGGUCGUGUCCGCGUCGUGUCGGCUCUCACUCGUGAUGCGGGUCGUGUGUUUGGCUUUGAUGUCAAAGCUACGGACAAACGUGGAGCUGAUGAUGGGAAGUCAGCUAUUGCUAACGUUUUCGUGUACGUCUUAGACGAGAAUAAACAACUGGUGCUGGUUGUUGGAGCUAAACCUAUGGAAGUGGAAAAAGAAGUAGAAAACAUUACGAAAUCCCUGACCGCCAUGACAGGAUACGACAUUAGAGUUAGAAGACUGGAAGCGCACAACAAAGCUUCUUUGGACGGAUAUGCGACCGAUCUGUACAUCUACGGAGUUGAUCCGCUGUCUAAUGCUAUCAUUGAUAUGGAAGUGCUUCAAAAGUCCCUAAUGAAACGUGAGACGGAUUUACGCCACGAUCUGGCUGGGUUCCGUGUACUGGAAGUGGGUGACACUGCCAUGGUGCAGGCCAGGAGUGGUCGCCUGCUCAACACCAUGGAGAUCAGCGUAGUGGCUCUGGGGUGCAUCGUGUUCAUUGGGGCUUGCACCACAGCCGUCUGCAUACUAUGCGUUAGGAGAAGCAGGAGACGACACCAAAAACCAUAUUCCCAGCAACGACUUAACGCUUUCUCAACUGAGCACCUAACCAAAUUUGGCGGCCUCUUCCCAUCCGGAGGGAACCAGUGUCAGGAGCUGAACCAGUCGUACAGUGAGGCAGACUCCUACAUCGACGUGAUAAACCACAAUGGGAAGAAGAUCUGUCCUCAUGGGAACACUGUCGAGGAGUUCGGGAAGGCACAUCAGAAAUGUGUCAAGACGCAGUUCGGGGACGACUUGUUCAAUCAGAAACACGAGAGAUUGUGCAUCAAGUUUAACCAACGACCGUUGCAGAAGAGGAAGGGGCAGGAUACAUCGAUAACGUCCGUGAAUUCCAGUGGGCAAGACUCCGGCAUCGCGGAGGUCACCAGGUGUCCCUGUGGCCAGUCCAGCUUGCACACGUCUGAGGAAAGCAGCGGGUGCAGUUACGAAGAUUCCUUGAAGUCUACACGCAACCCUGAAGGUCGAAGCAAACCGUACCAGUUGGACCACGAGCCCCGGUUCCUGAGACGAGCAUCCUUCACCCACCAGCCUUUGGACUCCCGACAGUUCAACUUCAGACGCCAAUCAUUCUCAGAAAACAUGCAGAGACACUUCCCACCCUUUGACAGAAUCGGUUCUGGAGCGAGGAUUACCAGACAGAUUUCUACUCCAAAUGUCUCCAACGUUACACAAUCGUACUUUUUAAAUGGUAAGAAGCGAUUAGAGACAAGGAGAAAAGAGGUCCUUAAUGAGCCAAUGAUAGACUAUGAUCAUAGUGAGGGAGAGGAUGUGUUUGAUACCACACAUAGAAUGGAGAGGAGAUCGAGCGCGAGGAACCAUAAAAGAGGGAAGUUCAUGGAGCUUGGAGGACAAGCCGCAGUGUUUGUGGCGACUCCUGCAGCAGCAGAGAUUAUGAGGAGGCAGGGCAGUGAGAGGCUUAUGUUUGCAAGACCAUUAUAGUAGAAGCCAUUUUAAAAUAAACUCUUAGUUUAUUGCUGUAGGUUUUAAAUUACCUGUUGAAGAUUCCGCUUCAAAAUUAUUUUUUCUUGAUGCAUGAAAGUUUAAAAAAGUUCUAAUAAUUUUAAUCAUGGUCAAUUGUUCAAUGUUAUAAAAUACCC